UUCUGGGAGCGUUUUAAGAAGAAGGUGCAGUGGAAAGCUGAACAUGAAAGUCAAAUACAUAGAAAUUUUCACAUGAAAGCAUCUCAUCGGCUCUCAGAGAUGUUUAGGGAUGCCCGAAUUGCAGGGGAGCGCCCUUACUGGAUGGGCGAAAUCAUUUGGAACUCUUUGCUUGCACAUUGGAAUUCAGUAGAGUUUCGCAAGAAGAGUGCUACAAACCAGAGGAACAGAGCGAGUGAAAAGGGUGGUGCCUUGCAUACUGGCGGGUCGAUCACAAUUCACGAGCAUGCCAUUCGUAUGGUAAACUUUCUUUACUUUUCUGUUUCUUUCAUAUAUAACUUAUGUAUUUUCUAUUUCAUAUACACUAAUAAGUCUAAAUUAUGUUACAGGCACAAGCUCUUGGACGGGCCGUCCAUGUUGACGAGGUCUUUGCACAUACCCAUGUUCGGAAGGGCACUAAUGAAUUCGUUGAUGAAAGAUCUCGCAAGACUCAUGUAAAUAGCACUCCUAGUAUUAGUAAUCCACAUGAUUAUGUUAUUGUAUCAUUCCCUGACAUUGUUUUUAAUGUUUCAACAAGAAGAAUUUUCUACGAGACUUUUACAGGUUAGAUCCGAACAUGGGUCAGCUCCUACACCGGAUGAUGCGAGUAAUGCAGAUGACGACAUCCGUAGGACACAGUACUGGGUCAAUGUCGUUGGUGGGAAGAAAAAGGGACGAGUCUACGGUGCAGGACAACUUGCUGCAAACUAUACAGCAUCGAGAGGAGGUACACUAAAGCACCAACCUUCUUCUUCUUCCACCCCUUCUGCUGACGAGGCCAUCCAGCGCUUGACACAGCUACUAGAGCAACAUGACCAAGAAAACCGUGCAUUGAGAGAAGAAUAUACUGACUUGAGAGACGAGUUUUCAAGCUUCAAGUCCCUGGUCAUGAGAGCGCUGCCUCAAACUUCAGACACUCCUUCCACUGUCCCUCCGACCCAGCCACGACCCUCCCCGUCACCCGCCGUCCCUCAUCAGUCCAUAUCAGUCCAGCCCACACCAGUCCAACCAUCUACAGAUGAGCAAGACGAUGAAGAUAUGUCUGAAGACUUUGUACAAUUUUAGUUUCAUUUUGUU